AUGAGUACAUUUGGAAGCCCGGGUGGGCGCAUGGUCAAUAACAAACCUUCGCCACCAGAAAGAGGAAGUUUUCCAUUGGAUCAUGAUGGCGAAUGCAAAUCAGUAAUGCAAAGUUAUCUCAAUUGUAUGAAGAAGGUUCGAGGCAUGAAUGAUCCAGAAUGUAGAGAUCUGGCAAAAUCAUAUUUAUCGUGCCGGAUGGAUAGAAAUUUGAUGGCGAAAGACGAACUCAAGAACUUGGGAUUUGCAGAUGAAAGCCCAGAGACGAAGGGUGUGGAUAAGAAGGAUGAUGCAAAAGAGGGUGGCGACGAUGCAAAUAAACAUAAGAACGAGCUAAGGUGGUGAUGAUGGUUGUAGAUCGGUUCGAGGCGAAUUGAAAGGGAACGAAUGAAAUACUCGGGGAUAGCGGGGAGGUAUCUUAUCAUCAUCUGUAAAACUACAGCAUUGGGUCGGCGUUUUUGGGUGGAGCUACAGGAUGGAUGUCUGUCAAAUUGCUUGAAUAAAAUGCUAAGGAGAUUCAUUUCACACCUUCAAGGGAAUAGUGUUUCGAUUACAUCGUCAUUCAAUUCUGUUUUCAUUCGAUUGUGCUGAUAUUCGCA